AUGUCGCUCAACGGGCUGGACGAUGUCGCCGUCACACAGGCGUACCAGAGCGCACUGGCCGAGGCUGGUGGAUGGUUCCUGCUUAAGUACACGGCAAGGGAUGCUGUCGACGUCCUCACCAAGGGAACCGGCGGGGUGCAAGAGGCGCGCACUGCGGUCGCACAGUACGAAGACAAGUCGCCGCUGUAUGGCCUGCUGCUGUACCGCCGCCGGAAGGUGCUGGUCAAGUACGUGCCCGAGGGGACGUCCCGGCUGCUCCAGGCCCGCGUUGCCGUCCACUUCAUCACUGUGACCGAGAAGUUCGCGCCGCACGACAUCGUCCUCUCCAUCAGCACCCCCGAAGAGCUUAGCGAUGCCGCCCUUACCUCGGCCUGCACCCUGCACACCGCUGCCCCCUCGAGCUCUUCGUCCAGUGGGUCGUCUGCACGACAGCAGAAGCUGAGCUGGAUCAGGGAAGAAUCCGAGGCACCUGGCCAGCCUGGAGGAGACGACAGCCCGGUACUGCGGCAACCACCGACAUCCUCGUCCACCAUACCGACCAUUCUCGAGCCCACAAUCAGCAACGUGGAGGGGUCACUGCGGAGUGGUUCAGUAGUGUCACAAAACACCGAGCAGGUCCCUAUAGUCCUCGACGAGGAGGUGCUGGAAGCAAAGCCCGUGGCAGAAGUGAAGCCAGCGCCAGAGAUCUCGCACGUUACAAUCGGGGUUACACAAGAACCGCAGACACCUGAAACAGACGACCUCAGUGACUUCAGGGAGACGCUCACGGGUUACGACCAGCUCUUCGAAGGUGGACCUGAGCCAAGAGCCUCCUCACAGACUACUCGUCCUGACUACAACGAGCUGUACGAGCACUACUACGCCCAAUACACAAAACCCAAAGAGAAGCUAGGGCCACGACCCCGAGCAUCACAGGAGGGCAGACGACCAUCUACCUCAAGCAGCGGCUCCCAACUUGCUUCGAGAGCGAAAUCGUCACUACCAUCCGGUCUUCGCUCAGCUAACCGCAAAGUGCCGGAAUCGAAGAAGCCCAAACUCAAAGACCCAGCAACAGAACCGAACCUCGCGAAUCCCGCAUCCCUGCCUCCGCCGCCGUCCCCAAUACCCGAAACUCCUAUUUCUCCCAUCUCGGUCACUUUCUCCUUAAAGAGUCCGGCUAGUGUACGUUCUAUGCCCGUGAGCUACAGCAGCGGACACAGAUCAAACGGCAACACACAGGAGAGGACACGGUUGAUGAAGGCCUUGGAAUUGCGUAAGAAGCAGAUGAAGGCUCAACAAGACCGGCAGAGCAGGAUGGCAGAGGAAGCAACAGGGAGCAACGAAGCAAAGGAGCAGGAUGCUGAGCCUAAGACUUUCCUCGAUUAUCGCAGCACGAUGGUCGACCCACCAGAAUUGACCAGCAAGUCGAUCGAUACUACGGCCGAAGCCUCGAACGCUACGACCCCGUGGACAGCGAACAACGCAGAGGGCACUGCCACAUCGCAAAACAAGGGAUUUGAGGACAGGAAGAUAUCGCUGGAGGAGGAUACAACUUCAACUGUGGCAGUGGACAGCUCAGGUAUGGUUUACACCAACAACCAGACCGAGAACGAUGAUCUCAAUUCUGCUGUAUUCGUGUCUUCGCCGGUAUCUGCGCAAACGCAGGGUUCAUCUGUCGCACCAUCCACCCGACCCUCAUCCCUGUCCGAGGACGAUCAUAAUAACAUGGAUGAUGCACAGAAGGCUGCCCAUAUUCCAGAACAUACAACUUGGGAUAAUCUAGACGAGCAGCAAUCUGUGGACAGCUCACCAACAAUUGUCCCGGAAAGCAGAACGCCAGUUCCCUCUUUGGAUAUGCAGGUCCCUAGUCAGUUGCCGACCCCGCCAGAGGACGCCCCACUUGGGUCAAACGAGAAUCAGACGUCAAAGCGGGAAUCCACAACAACCCUUAUGCCUUCUAACCCUCAAGACCAAUCACGCCGCUCCAACCGCGAGUCAACCAUCUACAUGCCCCCUGACGAGGGCACUCAGCUCAAUGAUAACCAGUCUAAGAGACGCAACAGAGAGUCGAUGAUCCUGCCCAGCUCCAAAAGAGAAAGCUGGUAUCAGUCGAAAGAAAAGCGCAGGGCACUGCUUGAUCCGAUACAGGUGAGCGCAGAAAACUCCGAGGCAGAGUACCUGUCCGACGAGUCCUUUAUGGAAGAACUUCGCAGCGCGGAGGUCCGGCAGGCGAAGCCAAUGUCCGUGUCCAAGUCGCCGAUCAUGCCGUUCUUCUCUCGACAGUCGUCUGAGCCCAAGCUCUCCUCGCCACCGAAGAGGGCUGUAUCGACAUCCUUCAACAACGCAACCCGGACAUCACCAGAGCAGCUCGCGAGGAAGUCGUCAGGUCCGUGGAUCACCUCCACCAAGAGCGAGGAUAUGGCCCCACCACCAAAGAUGAACUCCGUCAAAGUAUCUGGUGGCAUUGCGCAAAGGAUCAAGGCACUUGCUGAGAAGUCCAAGCGUGAUUCACAAGCAUCGUUGAGUCCACACGAUACCCCACGGUCAAGACCUGGAUCCAGCUUGGCGCAGCGAAAGUCGAACUUCUUCGCAGCAACACCCAUCGAGAGGUCACCUGACGGUACGCCUGUGCAACGACUGGGCAGCCCGUCACUCCUGAGUCUGUCUAACCAGACCACGCCUGACAAGAAGCCAGCACUGCAACCUUCGCCAAUGACAACCGAUCGCACCGUGUACAACGUACAGCAAGUGGAUCAGCCCGAGACUGUGCAGGUUACUGCUCGUAUCAUUCAAGAUGAUCGCACAAAGCAACCAACAUUGGCUAUGCCAACUGAGACCACACCACUGGACCUCCACCAGAGCCCACUGAUCAUCGACCAUCAGAAGCCCGCAUUUGUCCCUAAGAGCCCAACCCGUGUGAAGACGGCACCGCCUGCUACCAUGGAACCAGCUUCCCCUAGAGCACCAUCGUCUUCACAUUCACGUGAUCAGGGCCCUGCGCUUCCUCGAUCUUCAUCUGAAAGCAGCUGGAGGUCGUUCGGUCGCCGAAUGAGUGAGACCAAGUCGAUCCACAGCCAUGACGGUGACGACGAGAAGCGAGAGGAGAAGAAGGGAAAGAAGGACUCACGCACAAGCAAGUUGUUCAAGCGCAUGUCUUCAUCGAUGUCAACCAUGCCGUGGAAGAACUCACAGUCAAGCCUUGCUCUUCCUGAGCAGGACAUGCGAUCUACUUCUUUGUCGUCUCUUCGGGAACCGCCGCCCCCUGUCCAGGUUGGCGACCUCAAUAUCCAAUUCCCUGACACAUUGCUGUGGAAGCGCCGUUUCGUCGAGAUUGACGCCUUGGGCAACCUUGUCCUAGGCCCCUCGAUAUCAAAUCCAAAGGGCAUCACAAAACGCUUCCACCUCACCGAGUUCAAGGCUCCCUACCCACCUGACCAGGACCAACAGGAGCUUCCAAACAGCGUUGUACUGGACUUCAUUGACGGUCGGACACUGCAGUGUGCAUGCGAGUCCUCUACCUUGCAGGCUCAUGUCCUGCAAAUACUCCGAGAGGCGCAUGAUGCAUGGAUUGCCCACAGUCAAGCAUCCUAAGUUCUCAACACCCCACUUCCAACACACUUCCAUAUCCCACAUACCCAGCCUUUCGUGGCGCAUUUCCUUACGACGUACGAUAGUAGAGCAGACAUUUCUUUUGUGUUUUUGGAUUUAUCGCGGUUGCAUGGACGCCCAGCUGUGGCUCAAAAGGUUCGGUACAUCAUCACAUUGCAUACUUCUUUUUGUUAGCCUGUGUUCAUCUGGCGUUUCGCAAAAGCUUCUCAUACCCCUUUAUAUUUGGGCGAGAUUGUACAUUCAGGGGUGAGGCUUGGGGCUUUGAUACUUGUAUAAUAUCUAAUGCUGCUGUGCAGCUUGAGAGUUGGCGG